AUGUCGAUCCGCAAGGAGGUCGAGAAGAUGAGCAAGCGCCCCGAGAACAUGCACUGCGCCGACUGCCGCGCGCCCAAGCCCAACUGGGCGUCGUGCUCCCUCGGGACCUUCAUCUGCUUCAACUGCAGCGGGCUCCACCGGGGCCUGGGCACGCACCUGAGCUUCGUGCGGUCCGUGACUUUGGACGAGUGGACGCAGAAGCAGGCCAACGUCAUGCAGCUCUGGGGCAACGCGAACGCGAACUCGUUCUUCGAGGCGCGCAUGCCGCCCGACUUCAAGAAGCCGGACCAGCACGCGUCCGUCAACGUCAUGAACAAGUUCAUCCGCGACAAGUACGAGCGCUGCAAGUGG